ACUGAUUCAGCUGGAUUAAAAACCGAAGAAGGGAGAAACAGGAAUUAUAGUCAGCAGUUGACAGAGGAAGAAAUAUCAGAAAGGCGAGUUACAUGGGAAUGUGGACGACGAUCAUCUGCAAAUGACAUUAAACAACAGGACUUACCUGUAAGAAACCAGUCGAAUGGAUCAUACUCAUUGUUUCCUGGUGGAGAUGUGGAGAAAAAUGCCACUUCUAGCCAAUCCCUGCCAAGCACUUCUGCAUCAAACAAGCCUCUAAUAACUGCAUCAACAUGUGGGGCAAUUGCAGAAACAGGGGAACCAAUGCAUCAGGAUUCAGAUGAUGACUCUCAAGAAUUCAGGAGGAACUCUUUGUACAGUCAGUCAGGAGAUGACGAGGGGUUCCUCAUAGAAUCAGAGAGGUUCUCCAGGGAACUGAAGUCUCCUCUCAUUCGGAGGAGACGUGCAAAUAAUUUGCAACCAUCUGUUCCCUCUCAUAGUUCCAGGACAGAUGUGAACGGAUUGGAACUUCCCUCCAAUGGAAACCAGAGAAGAGCAUCCAACCCUUGCGUUAAACCCCAGGAUUCCCACCGAGUGCUAAAGCUGGGAUUUCUAAAAAACAACCAUGGAACGUUAUGGAAUGUUGAAAUGGAGCCAGAGCAGACACGUGAUGGGAAUGUUCUGAUGACACCACUCAAAAUAGAGACACAGAGGAGCGCCUCCAUCCCGGAGAUCAGCUCCUCUCAGAGUCCCCUCCUGCCUUCUCACAGAUGCAGCCCCUCGCCCCCUCUAGGCCUGGACCCCCAGCUUCACCCUUCUCCGCUCCAGAGCCUGCUGCAGAGGGUGAAGGAGCGGGAAAAAGAACGCGGACUGAGAAAAAGAGAGGGAAAGAUCGUAGAGAGGACUUUUUCUCACCAAGAUUCUCCUAUCUCCGCCUCUCCAUCACCAUCGGUCAGGGAAGAAGAGAGAGAGGCAGAAAGAGAGGAUUCUGCAGUACCCAGUAUGAUAUCUGCUCAUGGAUGGAGAGAGGGGAAUGUGGAUGGAAGUGAGGAUGAGAUGAAAGAGAGCAAUCAUGUCCUAGAGGGCAUCAGUGUGGACUGGCCAGGCUGGUGUUUUGAUGAUGAGGAGGUUUAUGACUUUGAGGACUUUGAGGAUGAAGACUGGCUUGACAAGAAGCUGACCACAAAUGAGCCCCGGAGGUCAGAGGCGAAACCAUCAGAGAGGCAAGAUGAAAUAGAAUGUAGUGAGGUGUAGUCUAUUAAAUAUGUAGAGUUGUGUGAAAAGUGUUUGGAGAGAUGUAAUAUAUAAAGUUCUGUGGCGUUGUUUAAUUAUUAUGCAACAUGACUAGUAUAGUCAAAUGUAUUUGAGAGAUACAUACACCUUGCGAAAGAUUCAUUAACAUUGUGUCUAUUGUUAUUAUUAUAUUUACUUAAAUGUAUUUGUGUACAGAAUGUUUUCUCUGUAUAGCGAUAUUAAGAAACCUGUUUAUAGCUUGUAUUUUCUGUGCACAAGAAACUAAAAUAAAUUAAAUUAAAACAUGAGAAAUUGUUAAAGU